UGAAUAUCGUCGGCUUACAGAUUUUAUUUGCUGCUCAUUUUUUGUUCCCUUCGCUUGCCUGUUCGUCAGCUCGUCUGUGCUCGCCGGCUGGUCCGUGCUCGCAGAGGUGUCAAGAAUGGGUGCUCACGUUUCGAGAACAGACUUUGAAUGGGUGCACGACGACGAGCCACACGCCAGCCGACGGAAAGUGAUUCUCAAGAAGUAUCCGGAGAUCCGGCAGCUGAUGCGGCCGGAUCCCUGGUUCAAGUGGCAGGUGACGGCCAUGGUGUUCACCCAGUUCCUCAUGUUCUUCCUGCUGAGGAACGCCAGCUGGCCCACCCUCCUCCUCGCGGCCUACUUCUUCGGCGGCGUCAUUAACCAUGCCCUCAUGCUGGCCCUCCAUGAGAUUGCCCACAACCAAGCCUUUGGACACGGCGUGUUUCUCCCCAACCGGCUCUUCGGCAUCUUUGCAAACCUGCCCGUGGGCCUGCCGGCGUCGAUAUCCUUCCGCAAGUACCACCUGGAGCACCAUCGGUACCAGGGCAUACCGAGCAAGGACGCGGACUUGCCGACAGAGCUGGAGGCGAAGCUGUUCUGCUACACGGGCACCAAGCUGCUCUGGAUCAUCCUGCAGCCCUUCUUCUACGCCUUGCGCCCGGUGCUUGUCUACCCCAAGCCGGUCACCGGCCUGGAGGUGGUCAAUUUCCUUGUCCAGCUGGCCUUCGACGUCCUCAUCUACAAGUUCUGCGGUGGCAGGGUGCUCUUCUACAUGAUUGGGGGCUCCCUGAUGGCCAUGGGACUGCACCCGGUGGCGGGCCACUUUGUCUCGGAGCACUACAUGUUCAAGAAGGGCUACGAGACCUACUCAUACUACGGCUGCCUCAACUGGGUCACCUUCAACGUGGGCUACCAUAUGGAGCACCACGACUUCCCCGGUGUGCCCGGCUCCAAGCUUCCCCUGGUGAAGAAGAUAGCGGGGGAGUUCUACGACGACCUCCCCCAGCACAACUCGUGGGUCCAGGUGCUGUACGACUUCAUCAUGGACCCCGACAUCGGGCCGUACGCACGCAUCAAGCGGAGGGAAGCCGUCGCGCACGGCACCAACGGAGCGCCCCCGUCUUCCGGCGCCGGAGACAGCACCGAAGCGAUUGCCGAGAGGCUCUUUGCCUCUGGCUUCGAGAAGCAGGACUGAGGCCGAGAGACUCCGGGGGCGUCUUUUUGUUUUUUCGUCGCCCUUAGUUAGAGACGGAAUGUAUGCGGGAUCGGCCGAACCACCGUGCUCACUGGCAAGGGAUUUGAGUCAACCGUGGUUGGCGCCGGGUCAGGAACACGGUGGAAACUCCGGCUGCAGCACGCGCUCUUUGCUUUCUGCCAGGCUUUCACUUUGAGUGUGAUGAAGUGUUAGCAAAGGUGCUUGCGUUGGAGGCGGAGCAUAUACUGGGAUCCUAACCCGUCACUGACUAUAGGACACAGUGUGUGUGUCCGAGGAAAUAGUAAAAGCAGUAAGGAUAAACUACUUGGAGAGAGACUCGCAACUCUUUUAAAGGGCAACUCCGGUGGGAAAUGAAACCAAUAUGAACGACCGGCGUCGCUUUAGCGGCACGAAACAGGAUUACAGUCGUAAUGUUACAUCGGGGUGAAGCCGCAUGUUCCUCAAAACCGAUUUUCAAGGUGCGACCGGCUGCUCUUUAGCGGGUGGCAUGCGGGUUAGCCGUGAGUCGAGCAACACUGGGCGACACGUACCGAAGCACCGCUGUGAUGUCGCGUCGCUGCCAUACAGCUGAUGAUCAGUGUUGCCGUCCCUCUCGACCAGAUGGUUUCAGUUUUGCAAUAGACGCCCAAAAUCAAACUUUAAGCCGCAAUAUUUUGUUAAAUCUACGCGGAAUAUGGAAAAAAAAAAAUUAUAACUUGUAAUUCGGGGACACUGCCCAUCUGAAAACAAUCGUAAUCACAGGUUACAAAAUAUUGACCAGAGUUGCCCUUUCACAAGCAACAACGGUGCAAGUCUCCGUCUCUGCAAGUGUUUUCUUCUUUACGUUUUUACUAUGACCAGCGUCAAAUUUGUUGUAUGAGGAUUUAGGCUGUGGGGAAUGAGCCUGCCUUUCACAAGGCUUUCAUCAUCUCCAGUAUUGAUGAGCAAUUUGGCCGGUGCAGUACGAUACUGCUAACUCUAAAGUGGAACUCAACCAAAUCUUUUUAAAGUCCUCCGCAUCAAUUUGAUUUCACUUCAUAAACUGUCAGCCACUCUAAUUUAUAAAAACAAUUUAUUUUUGCAUGCUGUUUUCUUUUAUUUAUCAUGUAAUGUUUAGUGGACAACUUCGCUUUACUAGCAACGCUGGUAAAUAUACUCGUUCCCUAGGCAUCGAUGUCAUCAGCGGGGCGGCAGUAAAGUCGAAGUUAGGGAUGUGGUAUUUUUAACUGGACACUUCAUGGCACUGUUGGCACAAACGCGACAUCGGCGCUUUGUCGCAUUUUGCCGAGACUCAAUGUUGACAGGCAUUUAGCUUUUACGGCAGUCAUUUGAUUCUAAGAAAAAAAAAAAGUUACUUUUCUGCACUAUGUGGCAAAAUCGGUAACAUGGAAUGUAUUGUUUGUCACUUUGCGGUGACGCUGCAGGUGAACUUGUUACUCGUCUUUUGCCUUGAUGGCACGAGCAUCGUCGUGCUCAGUAUCUCUAAAAGAAAGCCCUGCCAAAGCUAGCGCCCCGACAGGAGAAGAACGCAAAGUUUGCGCCUCUUGCGGUAGUCGCACGUCCCAUCUUUGACACUGCUAUUUGUGAUGACGCGGCAAAGCCGCUUUUUCCAUGCGCGCUCUUUGCGCAGUCGAUUCGGCGAAGAAUGGACAACCGGAGGUACCCCAAUUCGAGUGCUUCCACGCUUCAUUCGGUGUCUUCUUAUAGUGGUAAAAUUUUCUGUGAUGCUCGUGCACUACAGGAAUGCGUGUUGCAGGGAUGUGCAUUACAGGAAUGUGUGGUAGAGGAUUACAAAUGGCAGGAUGCCGCUGGGAGCCAGCCCUACAACACAUUCCGUGUUAUAACUGGCAAUCGCGGUGUCUGUGCUGUGCUAACAGUGUCUUGCCGUAUAAUGUCGCAACAGAUUUACAGGCACUGAGACGCCAUAAAUGGUUUCUACUUUUUCAUUACCCCCGCUUUCCUCGACUGCUUAUUAGUGGAGGACUCUACUCGGUACAGCAUUUUCUGGUUUACCAUACUUGUGGCUUCGUAGAAGUUAGUAACUCUAAGUUAUGUGCGUUUUGCUACGACGCAGAGUCGUGCCGUCGCGUGCAAGUGGAAGGAAGUCGGAGAGUUCCGACAGAGUGAGAGUUUGUGGGCGUCGUCGCGACCCUUCGGCAAAGACGACUCGUAGAAGAAUGGCGCUCGUGGAAAGCUUGGGCAGUGUGUGUUCCGAGUGUGUGAGUACUCACUUCAGACAUCGAGUAGAUAGUAUCCCAUGAAAGUGUCCCAUCUGCCAAGAACGAGUUGUGAAUGUGGCUGAAAGAGAACCUGGGGUGGCCGCCAAACAUGGUGCCCCUCCGCUCGUGUUGGGAAUGGACUAGUUUGCGUGAUGCUGUGAGUAUGAAUUGCAUACGAAUGUACAGGAAGUGACGAGCCAGUUUUGUCUGGUACAAAAGGCCAGGGUGCUAGCAAAGGUUGUCGCGCGAUGUCGAGAUCUAGGAAAGGUAUUUUUCAUUAUAUUAGAUUUGUGGUUUCUGUCAGUUAGUUUUUUUCAUACAUUUUACACCUGUCUGGCAUUUCGUUGAAACGGACCUUUACUACGUUUUUUCACGUGAAUCCGGUAACUGUAAAGGGACCAUGAAGCAUUUUUUCUUCAUUUUGCUAAACACCGUCUAGUCGUAAAAAGCUUCUUGUGAAAAUGAAUUUUUAAAAGAUUGGCAGCCACCUUUGUCCUUAAACUUAUCAUUCAUCAAAUGCAGUAUUAAAAAAAACCUAAAAAGGAAAAACUUUUUGGUUUUUUUAAGAGAGCUAUUGUAUAAAUGUGUUUAGAAGACUGUAAACGGUCGUGAUCAUUUUCCUGUUGAUUUUGGUGGGGAAUUGGACGUCGCACGAGCACGUCACGGUGUCGAGUCGCGGCGUCAUGCGACACCAAUUUACCCGCUAAAUUCAGCAGGCAAGUGCACGGACGAACGGACAGAUGUACGAAGUUCUGGGGUGUCAUUAAAAAGCAUUCCCCGCUUCGGAUAGUCCCCGUUUGCGGAAUUUUACGGUGGAAAAAAAAGUUUCUAGUUCCUCGUCCUCGUGGGCGAUACUUCAGUCGUGUCCCACUAUACUCGUUGUCACAUCAAGGAAAAAAGGAAGUUUUGCAUAUUAUUUGUGCGAAGGAAUUUUUACAAGAUUUGGUCACCGAAAAAAAAGCAAUGCUUUUGGCGUUUGGAACGCGUACAACUCGAUAAAAUAACAUAAAGCUAAUCUAAGCUGCACCUAGAUAUACUGUAAAACCCUUAAUGUCCCCGAAUUCCGCGAAUUGAGAAAUUCGCGAAAUUUAAGGGCCCGCGACAAUUCCUGUCUUUAAGGGGCGAUACAACAAUUUUUGUACUUUGCGCAAAUACUGCUUGAAACGGAUCCCUGAUGUUAAUGACCCAUGAAACACGCGUUUGUUUUUCACCCCACGCAAUAGAAGUUCCAGAAAAAAAUUAAAGAAAAACGAGCACCGUUCACCCCCUCAACUCGCAGCAAGAACAAGCGGCCACGUGAUCUGGAGCCGAUUAUAUGCCGCCAAUAUUGAUCAUAGCCACGCGCUAGGAUUGGCAAAGCACAGGACAUGCGCCGAGUUUCAGACAUUGUUAUGGCUCGGCUAUUGUCGUCGUUGCAGCGAUCGGACACUGGCCACUACCCGAAUGCAUGUCGAGGCAUCGAUUGUCACGAGCCCAGAUUGAAUGUGUACGCAGUCUUCGCGUCCACUGUGUGAGCAGCAUUUGAAUAUUGUCACAGCUGAGAUCGCAAAGCUCGAUGACGCAUUCCUGGGGAUCGUACUGUUGCCAUUGUCCCCACAGCUCCGUCAUCAAAUUUCGCGAAGGAGCAAAAGGCGGUUUUGGAAGGAGAGAUUAAAAGAAAAGUUCCGCUUUCAUCCUUUGAAUUCCGCCGCGAUGAAGACGCUUCUUGGUCAGUGGUGUUGCGUUCGAGUAUUCUUGGGUUCCACUAGUGCCAGGAGGCUGGUGUAAAGUAAAUAUUUCUACUAAAUGUCGUUGCACAGCCCCUUUAAGUUUCAAUGCAGGCAUCUGGAAUUUGCGAAAUUUAAUAGCUGUGAUGAUGUACUCUUUGACCGAUUCGCGAAAAAUUGCAGCCGCAAUAUUAAAUGGUUCUACAGUAUCUUCAUUCGACGCUUGAAGGAGGAAAUUCUUGAUGUUCCCGAGAGGAGCCAGAGACUUUUAACGUGAUCGCAUUAACGAGCUCACGUCGCAGAGAAGCCGGCGUCGGUGGCAUGCGCUAAAAUCCACGAUUGGUCGAUAGGGUCAUGACAUCGCAGCCACAUGACCUCGCGAGAGAAGUUCAAACAACCCACAAAGCUCGCGUCAAAUGCGACGUCAUUCAUGGAAUGGAAGUGAUUAAAAAACGUGAUAUUUAAUGUGAAUUAAAGGCACAUCUCAAAUGAUUUCACUUUAUAAAGUAAUUCACUUGCCCUAAAGAAAAAUUUAAGAUUUUUUAGGUGGGAUUCGAACCCACGACUUUUAAUUUGUGGGUUUGAAUCCCACAAAAAAUUCCUCUUGUAAUUCUCACUGCGGGUCUUGAUGUGAAUACGAGUAUAGGCGACGAGCAGUUAGUAAAACUCGUGCCGAAUAUCAUUUCAUGGUCCCGUUAACACAUGUCGGAACUUUUCUGGAACGUGCGCUAAAGGUCUAAACGGUCGCUACGAGCACAAUCGCGAGCCUACGGCACAUUAAUCCCAUCUCCCAAAAUACACCCGGUAUCCCGUAAGCCCGGCAAUACGACUUUCUCCUAAUGCCAGUUGUGUCCGUUGCAUCCUCCACGUGGUCUUGUAAAUAUUUGUACAGCUUGUCUGAAAAGACUUGUCGAAGAAACUCGGACCGCAAUAAAGAACGAUUGGUGACACUUUUAA